AGAUAGCAUGGAAUGCCAGUCCGAAUGAUUUCGCUGGUUGUAUUUGGAUAGAGCGAUUCAUUCUGUUAUGACGAGAGGACACCAGUGUAGAAAGUCUGCGCAACGGCAAAACACUCGAUAGAAAGAAAGACAAGCGGAUUAUAUUCCUUGUUUUGAAAGCCAGAGGGUGGAUAAUCGUGGAUUACUUGGUGAACGCAAGUGGACAUCUGGUGGAACUAGAGCGAUGUCUGUCGCGGGGCUGAAAAAGCAGUUCCACAAAGCCACCCAGAAAGUCAGUGAGAAGGUUGGAGGAGCAGAAGGAACCAAACUUGAUGAUGACUUCCUUCAGAUGGAAAAGAAGGUGGACACCACUGGUAGAGCAGUGCUGGACAUCAUGACCAAAACUACAGAAUACCUACAGCCCAACCCAGCGUCCAGGGCCAAGCUAAGUCUAAUAGGGACCAUGUCUAAGAUCAGAGGACAGGAGAAGGGGAUGGGUUACCCCCAGGCUGAGACUCUACUGGGUGAGGCCAUGCAGCGCUUUGGACGGGAGCUGGGAGAACAGUCAUGCUUUGGUCUGGCUCUCCUAGAUGCUGGGGAGAGCAUGGGUGAGCUGGGGGAAGUGAAGGAUGCCCUGGAUAUGGAGGUCAAACAGAACUUUAUUGAUCCACUACAGAACCUACAGGAAAAAGACAUUAAAGAGAUACAGCACCACCUGAAGAAGAUGCAGGGACGCCGCCUGGACUUUGACUAUAAGAAGAAACGUCACGGUAAAGGAGUCCUGGAGGAGGAGAUCAGACAGGCGCUGGAGAAGUUUGAUGAGUCCAAAGAAGUGGCAGAGCAGAGCAUGUUCAACCUGCUGGAGAGUGAUAUUGAGCAGGUGAGUCAGUUAGCAGCGUUGGUCCAGGCCCAGGUGGAGUAUCACAGACAAGCUACAGAAAUACUACAGCAGCUCUCCAGCAAGGUGCACGAGAGGAUUCGGGAGGCACAGGAUAAACCCAGGAAGGAGUAUGUUCCUAAACCCCGGAUGGUCCUGGAGCUGCUUCCCUCCAGCGACAGCCACAAUGAGGGGCUCAACACCGCCCCAGGCCCCGCCUGCUCCCCAGGACCCGCCCGCUCCCCAGGACCCGCCCAUUCCCCAGGACCCGCCCACUCCCCAGGACCCACCCACUCCCCAGGCCCCCAACGCACUCCUGGGCGCUCCCCUGUUCCUAUGGACCAGCCGUGCUGCCGGGCGCUGUAUGACUUUGACCCGGAGAACGAGGGUGAGAUGGGCUUCAAGGAGGGCGAUGUCAUCACCCUAACCAAUCAGAUCGACGAUAACUGGUACGAGGGCAUGAUCAACGGCCAAUCAGGUUUCUUCCCCAUCAACUACGUAGAUAUCCUGGUUCCACUUCCUCAUUAGGCCGUACCCCCGACCCCACCCAAUCCCCCCCCGGCCCCCCGCCUCUGCCUAACCUAAGCCACGCCUUCUUCUCUUCGCUUAUGUGACACUUUUCACAACUUUGAGGAACAAAAGACUGCAAUUGUACAGGAUUCUGCUGAUAGACGAAGAAGAGGAGGAGAAUAAUAAAAGAGAGAUGAAGAAUCGUCUGCUUCAUCCCCCUCAGGGGGAUCAGUGUGCUUGCAGUGGUGAAUGUCUUCCUCAUUAGGCCGUACCCCCGACCCCACCCAGUGGUGAAUGUCUGUAUUACAGAGGGGAUGAUUUUAAGAUGGAUUCCUGUGUAGAGCAGUGGAGGCUGUUGAGGGGAGGACGGCUCAUAAUAAUGGCUGGAACGGAAUCAAAGGAAUGGUAUCGAACACAUAAACCCUCCAGUAGGUUUUAACUCCAACCCUGUUCCUCUCUCUCUCAUUCUCUCUCUCUCUCCCCACCUCUCUCUCUCUCAUUCUCUCUCUCUCUCUCUCUGUCCCCACCUCUCUCUCUCUCAUUCUCUCUCUUUCUCUCUCUCUCUCUCCCCCACCUCUCUCUCUCUUUCUCUCUCUCUCUCUCCACACCUCUCUCUCAUUUUCUCUCUCCCCACCUCUCUCUCUCGCUCAUUCUCUCUCUCUCUCUCCCCACCUCUCUCUCUCAUUCUCUCUCUCCCUCUGUCUCUCUCUCUCGCUCUCUCUCCCCACCUCUCUCUCUCAUUCUCUCUCUCUCUCUCUCAUUCUCUCUCUCUCUCGCUCAGUGUAUAAUAUCUGUGUCUGACCCUGCACUGAAGCUGGAUGAACUGACUGAAGACUGGUAGAAACAGAGAGCUGGUUGUAUUGAAAGCAAUAGAUGGAUCUAUAUACAGUAUAUCUCUGGUUGUAUAGACUGUAAUCGGGUCCAAUGUAUUGCAUGCUGGGACAUUUAAGGUUUAGUGUUGACGUUUAAAAAGUUAAUAAAAUAAGAACUGUGACAUGAGGAUGAUAGUGGUGAGGAUGAAGAUGAUGAAGAUGAUGUUACCUAUGUACAUAGGCUUCUGUUGUUUCCUAUAUUAUGUAUGUUAUACCUGUCAGAGGUCAAUAAACAGUUGUCUCUGUCAGAGGUCAAUAAACAGUUGUCUCUGUCAGAGGUCAAUAAACAGUUGUCUCUGUCAGAGGUCAAUAAACAGUUUUCUCUGUCAGAGAUCAAUAAACAGUUUCAUCUGUCAGAGGUCAAUAAACAGUUGUCUCUGUCAGAGGUCAAUAAACAGUUUGUCUCUGUCAGAGGUCAAUAAACAGUUGUCUCUGUCAGAGGUCAAUAAACAGUUGUCUCUGUCAGAGGUCAAUAAACAGUUGUCUCUGUCAGAGGUCAAUAAACAGUUGUCUCUGUCAGAGGUCAAUAAACAGUUUUCUCUGUCAGAGAUCAAUAACAGUUCAUCUGUCAGAGGUCAAUAAACAGUUGUCUCUGUCAGAGGUCAAUAAACAGUUGUCUCUGUCAGAGGUCAAUAAACAGUUGUCUCUGUCAGAGGUCAAUAAACAGUUGUCUCUGUCAGAGGUCAAUAAACAGUUGUCUCUGUCAGAGGUCAAUAAACAGUUGUCUCUGUCAGAGGUCAAUAAACAGUUGUCUCUGUCAGAGGUCAAUAAACAGUUGUCUCUGUCAGAGAUCAAUAAACAGUUUCAUCUGUCAGAGGUCAAUAAACAGUUGUCUCUGUCAGAGGUCAAUAAACAGUUUUCUCUGUCAGAGAUCAAUAAACAGUUGUCUCUGUCAGAGGUCAAUAAACAGUUGUCUCUGUCAGAGGUCAAUAAACAGUUGUCUCUGUCAGAGGUCAAUAAACAGUUGUCUCUGUCAGAGGUGUCAGAGGUCAAUAAACAGUUGUCUCUGUCAGAGGUCAAUAAACAGUUGUCUCUGUCAGAGGUCAAUAAACAGUUGUCUCUGUCAGAGGUCAAUAAACAGUUGUCUCUGUCAGAGGUCAAUAAACAGUUGUCUCUGUCAGAGGUCAAUAAACAGUUGUCUCUGUCAGAGGUCAAUAAACAGUUGUCUCUGUCAGAGGUCAAUAAACAGUUGUCUCUGUCAGAGGUCAAUAAACAGUUGUCUCUGUCAGAGGUCAAUAAACAGUU